AAACAAGACCAGCUUAAUCACAACACUGUUCAAACUAACAAGACAUCUACAAGGUAAGAAUUGCAUGGUUAAAUAGCGGAAACCAGGAACCAUGGCAUCUUCAUCUGCUCCCCCGACGCCUCUCUUGUACGCCUGCAUUGCCCAUAACACCACCAUCCUCUCAGAACACACUACACCUGGCGCAUCAUCAACUUCGUCUCUAGCCUCUCUUAUUCUUCCGAAAAUAUCACACGCAACUCCGCAGAAAUUGACUUACACCCAUAACGACAACUUCGUCCACUAUAUAGCCUCGGCCCCAUCAGAGUACCCAGAUAGCCCCACGACAGGCGGCCUUACCUACCUCGUUGUCGCACACUCAUCUGUUGGCCGUCGCAUCCCAUUUGGCUUCCUCGUGGAGAUCAAGAACCGCUUUCUCUCUCAGUUGGAACCCUCAGCAACCGAUUUCGCCUCCCUUCCAAAUUAUGGGGCUGCGAGCUUCAAUGGCGAGCUGAAGAAGUUGAUGGUUGACUAUGGAACGACACAGAGUGGGAAGCAAGAUGCGAUAAGCAACGUGCAUAACGAAAUCGAGAAUGUGAGAGGCAUCAUGACGGAGAACAUUGAGAGGGUUCUGGAGAGGGGCGAGCGAAUUGAUCUUUUGGUUGAUAAAACCGACAGGCUCGGGGGAAGCGCACACGACUUCAGGGUUAGAAGUAAGGGACUAAGGAGGAGGAUGUGGUGGAAGAAUGUCAAGUUGAUGGCGCUGCUUGUAUUGGUAGCCAUCUUCUUGAUAUAUUUGUUUGUUGGCUUCGGAUGCGGCCUUCCUGGAUGGUCGAAAUGCAUUGGCUGAAAGCAGCAUAUUCUACGAGGGCGAAAUUGGCUUGGGCGUUCAGGUUUGGAGAUGGAGCAGCUGACUCCGGGGUUCUGGUUUGUAGUUUUAACUGUAGUCAACAAGUUAACAAGCGCAGUAUCUUUAUUUGAAAGUAACAAG